UCUACUUUCAUGAUUUAUGGUUUGGAUCACCGGCCCCCAUGUGACAAUAUAAGAUACUGAUAUAUUUCAUAUACACACUUCGAUCAAAACUUCCGCAUUGCUCCACGCAGGUGAAAAAGGUGAAAUGCAUUUAAUUUGAUAAUUAUUUCUAAACAAUAUGGGGAAGGAAACUGAAUUGAUCAAGGCUGUAAAACACAACGACCAACCAAAAUUACAGAAACUCCUUGUGCCUGAAACGCCAACUUACAAUAUUCGACGAAUUUCCCGGGAGGACCCAAAGUUACCAAAAUCACCAUCCUCACCCGGAGGUAGAAUUCGAAUGCAGUUGGAUCACAUAAAUAUAAACUGUACUGAAAAAGAAACUGGAUAUACACCACUUAUUAUUGCAAUACUAAAUGAAAACAAAGAUGUCACCGAUACUCUCAUCUUUCAUUGUGCUGAUGUAAAUAUUGCUGAUCAUAAAGGAAAUACACCUUUACAUUAUGCUGUUUUUGCUGGGAGGGCUGAACUCGUGGAAAUACUUCUACAGAAUGGUUCACAGGUUAAUAAACAGAACAGUGAUGGGAACACUCCAUUACACGUGGCCUGCCAAAGUGAAAAAGAAAGACGUGUUAUGAUAAUGCUGAAGUUGUUAAAGUAUUCAGCAAACGUAUUUUUGAAAAAUAAGAAUAACAGUACAGCAUUAGACGUAGCUGCUAUGUACGGUAAGAAAGACGCGGUUUCUGUGUUAUUAGACCACGAUUCAUCACUCAGUUCUAACACAUCAGCCAUUAUUGAAGCCGCUCUAAGAGGAUACACAGAGGUGGUGCAUUUAUUAUUAGACUACGGAGUAAAUGCAAACUGUAUAAAUGACAUAAAAGAAACUGGACCUCUACACGAAGCAACUAGGUUUUUGAGAUAUGAAGCAGCAGAAAAUCUGAUAGAAUAUGGUGCUAGUCCUUUAUUGCAAAACCCAAAAUCGGAAACCCCAUUGAAAAUUGCAGAAGCCUUGCCACCGAAUUUAAAUACCAAAUUUCUAGAAUUGUUCAAAGAUCGUUCUAAAAGAGAAUCUCAUACACCUCGAUUUCGAAAUGGAGGCAUAUUAUAUUCACCAACAAAGCACAUAACUGAUUAUCCAUUACUUCCUUCUAGAACUGAAUGGACACAAAACUCAACAUCAUUUUGUAACAGUUGUACAGCUGAACAUCCAAACACAAAUAUAUUUGACGGCAAUCUACAGACAUUUUGGGUGAUAGAGUCAUCAGAAUAUGUGUGGACAGUACUUGACUUACAGACAGAACAUACCCUGACGGGUAUAACGAUAUAUGGAUGGGACAGUAAACAAAUGGUCAAAAGAUUUGAACUUCAAAAAGGACCAACUGUUCAAGGACCAUGGACAACCGUUGGCUGUUUUGUAUGUAAAAGAAUAGGAAGCAAAAAUCCAAAAGACAAUGGUGUUCCACAGACAUUUAAGGAUUUUACAGCUAGUUCUCGGUACUGGAGAUAUCAUUUACUAGAAAAUCACGGAGGAAGUUGCACGUGUUUUCAAGGUUUAGGUUUACACGGUGCUGACGAUAGAAUAUUAACAUAUUUUGAGGAACUAGACAUGAUUAAUUAUGCGGAACAGUUUAUUAUUCAGGGAUAUAACACACACACAAAAUUGCUCUUAAUAUAUGAAGAUGACUUGAAGAAGAUUAUAUCAGAUGUAGAUCACCAAAGAAUAGUGAAGGCUGAAUUAGAGAAAGAAGCCAGAAAAGAUUUCAAGUUGAAGUCUCUUAAAUGGAAACAUCUACCACCUUGUGCAGUCAAACAGUCUGUAAUAUUUCCAGACAUAGUUGUAAAAGGAGACCCAGGAUGCAGAGAGAAAUUAAAACUGUGUUUUGAGGAUGUAAAUUCAGAAAGACAGAUGAAAGAGGAAUUUGAAACUUAUUUGGAAACUUUAGAUGAAAACCAACAAUCUCUUGCAACAUUUUCAGGAGUUGCCAUACCAAAUGAAGGAAAAUAUCGAUGCUUAGUCAAGUCUGUAGAGCAUCCAGAUGUUGUACUUGUGGCACCAGCAGAAAUUGAUAUACAGCCAUCAUCGAAUUUAUCGACAGAAAUGCAAGACGCUUUUAGUGACAUGGAACAAAUGUUAGUAGACUUGCAGACAAAUAUGUAAAUGUGCAUCAAGUGAUAAAUUAGUCUUGUGUUUUAUGUUUGUAUGUGUUCAAAAAUAUAUUAUAAAUAAAAAUUAACAAAU